AGGCCUCGACAGGCUGGUUACUACCAGUAUCGAACCGGCGGCCGUCGCGCACGGCACCGCGUACAUUCCGUAUUCGUGCAUUCCAUGCAUGCGCUCUGUAUAUAUAUUAUACAGUCUGUUGUACAGUACCGGCUCGCGCGCGCGCGUUUUCCUCCGACGCAAACUGUACGUGGGUGCUGGCAGAGACGUCUGCUUCUCUCCGAAGGGUUGUAUCUCGCACGCCACGUUUAAUAAGGACGAGUCGGCGCAACCGUCAUUAGUCCUGCGCGCUGAUACUCAUCGAAACGGGCCGCCGCCGGGCGACGUAGAAACGGUAACGCGGCAUAUGCAGCUUGGUGUAUGGGGUGUGGUGUCGGGGGAACAGGUGUCGACGUAACGGAGUCCUCGGACGUGAAAUUAAGACGGAGGAAAAGGGAGAAACGGGGCUGUCGCGCGAACUCGAUGAGCGGAACGUGUUGGCUGAUGAUGCCUAGAUAGGGACGAUGAGCUAGGACUGUUCCUCGAGUAUGUCACGGGCAACCCCGCCUAGAGGGAGUCCUACUCCGCCGAGGGUGGACAGCCCCGGUGGCAGUCCGAGGACGCCACGUGGUGACCGGCUGCGGGACCGGGUGAGCUUCUUCGAGCAAGUCUGGUCUACCGGACGCAGUCCCAGUGCCGAGGACCUUCUAGCUAACGCGGAUGCACGCAGAUCAUCCUUCCGGUCGCCGACGCACCGGCGAUCGUCCUCCAGGGCGAGUGACUCCUCGUUCGAGGAGAGCUUCGAGCGACUGGUGGAGGAGGGUGAGCUGAAUGGCGCCAAGGUCGUGAAGUUCGAGAAGAUCACCGUGAGGAAAAGCGUGCGAGAAAUCAGUAGCAACAGCGACACCGUCCUCGCCCAGCAACGCACCUUGACGGAGUCCAGCAGGACUCCCAGCGAGGAGCACGCCCUCGAGGAUUCGGCCUAUCAAAGUCACAGCCACGGUGUGCACAGCCACGGUAGCAAGUCCAGCUCGGCCACGUCGUUCACGAGGUUUCCCUCGGAGGAGAGUCUGUCACAGAGGAGAUGCAGCAGCCCUCGGGCUCAACAACUGGGUCCGGAUGAUCGGCCACCCUCGGAAUGGUAUGCCGAGUACCGCAAUCAGAGCUUCCAGAAUGUCGCCGCGAGGAUCGACUACGUGCGCAGCAGGAGCGAGUACGACGCACACAUCGCCGAGAUCAAAGACGAGCAGGAACGUGUGCAGAAGAAGACCUUCAUAAACUGGAUCAACUCGCAUCUGUCGAAAAGAGUCUCGCCGCUCCGUAUCGAUGAUCUAAUCGAGGACCUGAAGGAUGGCACGCGCCUCCUUGCGCUACUCGAAGUUCUUUCGGGGGAGAAACUGCCGGUGGAGCGAGGUCGUAACUUAAAGAGACCGCAUUUCCUCAGUAACGCCAAUACCGCGCUACAAUUUUUACAGAGCAAAAAAAUCAAAUUAGUGAAUAUAAAUUCAUCCGAUUUGGUCGAUGGACGACCGCCUGUAGUGUUGGGCCUAAUAUGGACUAUCAUUCUGUAUUUCCAGCUACGAUCGAAGGAUCGCAAGCGGAUCGAGGAGAACACAAGAGCCCUCGAGUAUCUUGGUCAUACUUGGGGCAGCCAGAGCAGCCUCGAAAGCCUCGGCACUCAGGGUUCGGCGGCGAGCGAAAGAAAACGCAUCAGCAGCGAAAAGUGGAAACAAGGGGCACGGAAAACUCUGCUGCAAUGGGUCACCAAUGCUCUGCCCAAGGAUGUUGGCAUUCAAGUCCGAGACUUCGGCGAAAGCUGGAGAGACGGAAAUGCCUUCUUAGCCAUCAUCGACGCCAUCAAAGCAAACCUGGUGAACAUAGCAGCUAUGAGAGAAGCAUCGAACAAAGCUCGGUUGGAGACAGCCUUCCAGGUGGCCGAGGUUGAAUUGGGCAUCGCACGGCUGUUGGAUCCUGAGGACGUAGACGUGCCGCAGCCUGACGAGAAAUCGAUCAUGACAUACGUCGCCCAGUUUUUGCACAAGUAUCCGGAACCGGGAAACACGGCUCCCGAUUCUUUCGCGGCUGUACAAGAGGAAUAUGACGCUCUUCUUAAGUGGUUAAACGCGAGAGUCAGGCAUCUUGAACAACUUGACAGAGCCAACGCGUAUCCGCCAAGCUACCCAGAAUAUAUGCUAUUUAGAGCGGAGACUGAUGAGAAAUCAAUUAUAUACAAGAAAAUGCAAAGUUUGGUCGAUACACCCAGCAUGAUAAGUAUCACACGGGAUUCUUGGAGACACAUACAAAUGUUGUGGCAGAAAAUGGAACUCUUUAUGCUGCAUUGGCUUUGGUUGUUGGACUCGAUGUUACCAGGUGAAUUGGGAGAAGUUGGCAGAUGGUUGGCGAGAGCCGAAGCUCUCCUAUACUCGGACAAUGAUAUACCAGAGGAGAUGACAGAAGGAACAGCGAAUAUAAUUUCGAACAAGUUAGAAGAUCAUAAGAAAUUCUUCCUCGACCUGCCGGCGAUGAUGGAGAAGUUUCAGCAGGCCAGAAAUUCUCCAUUGGCGCGGCAGGUCCAGUCCGAACAAUUGGAGAACGUGUCCGCGCGCUUCAACAGCUUGCCAAGUCGCGCUGCUAAGAGGAGAAUAAAACUAAAGUUCCUAGAGCACAAAUGCUGCUUGGUCGCUUUCCUAUACCUCGUCGAGACCAAGCUGAAGGGCUGGAAUGUCAAAUACGGUACGGAGGAGAAGGUGCAUCAGAUGCUAGAACAGUAUCGCAACUUUGUUUCGCGAAACAGGAUAUUCCAGGAAUUUCAGAAGGCGUAUUUGGACAUGCAGCAAGUUGCCGAGGAAUACAAGCGCGAUGGUGAUAUCGAUCGAGAAGAGAGCAUCAAUAUCGAUCGCUUUAUGCGUGAAACUGCAGAAAAGUGGAAAAGCGUGUCGAUGGAUCUGCGUUGCGCCCAGAGUAUGCUUGAGGAAGUAGUUGCUUACUGGCGUCGUUGGACCAUCGUUUCGGACGAGUUCGAGGCAUGGUUACUUCGCGCCGAACCCAUUCUGAAUCUCUCAGAAGACGAAAGAAUGGAGUUCUUCCAGGAUAUUAGCGUAUGGAAAGACAAACACCAACAACUAUCGGACACCGUGAGCUUCCUGAUCGCCACGUCUGAUGAAUCCGUCGCGUUUCGCUUGAAAGAGCGUUACGCGAAUCUGACGGCAAGGUGGGAACAACUCUUCCAAGAGGCCAAGCAGUAUAUGCACGCGGGCGAUCUUAUCCGAAUGAGAAAAGACUACAAAACAGGAGUAGAAACCCUACAAAAUUGGCUGAGAAAUGCCGAGGCUGCGUUAUCAACCACCGGGCUGAGCUCGACGGAGCGUAUCAAGGCCUACGGAGAGAAACUGCAAAUUCUUCAUAACGAGGUCGAAGGCAUCGAAGAUCUCUUCAAGAACAUCAGCAAGAAGUUUCAGACUCUCAUUCAAGAUUUGUCGCGCGACGAAGUCGAUAAGAUGAUGAACACUCUGAAGAAGGAGAAGGAAACGCUUGUUAAGAUGCGUGCCUUGAUACCCAUGCAGCUGCAUCUGUACCAUCAACUACUUGUGCAACAGGAGUCUCUGGAAGCAGGACAGAAGGAAAUAUCCGCCUGGUUGGACGAAGCGGAAAAUUUCUUGGCCAGCAUCAAUCUCGCCGGCGGCAGGGACGCUGCUCUGGCCCAGUUGGAUCGCCACAAAGCCUUCUUCUCGAGAACGCUCUACUAUAAGUCCAUGCUGGAGUCCAAAAACAAGGUAUUCGCCAGCAUCGUCAAGGCUGUGGACAGUCGUGCCGAUGUGGAGACAGCCGAGGGUGGUGCUACUCUGAGAGAACUGAAUGAUCGAUUUGUCAGAGUCUCUCAGGCGGCGCAAGUCUGGGAACAACGUCUGCAGGAGUCAGUACGACGCUGGACGAAAUUCAAGGAGUGCGAGCGACAAAUCUCCGAGUGGCUGACAGUCGCGGAGGCGAUGAUCAAUGACAAGCAUAUUGACAACCGCCAAUCUGUCGAGUACCACAAGAACUUCUUCGGCAAGGUAAACGAGAAAUGGAUACAGGAUCUUGUAAAGGCGGGACAAGAUCUCCGAAACGCGUUGCCAGCCGAUCAGCAACUCCCGAUCACCAACACGGUAGAAGCUCUUCAGAAUCGUUGGAGGGAAGUUCUCACUUUUGCGCCGCUUCACCUGAUGAGACUCGAGUUUCGCCUGGACGAGGCCAGUUUCCUGCAAUACCUCAAAGAGAUCGAGGUGGAGAUCAGUUCUGAGCAGCAGGCGCUCAUCAACAACGACGAUGUCGAUGGUAUUCAGCAGCGUAACAGGGAAUUCUUCGUAAAUCGCGGUACUGUUCUCGAAGUUGAGCGCUGCUUGCAGACCCUGAAGAAGAUCAGCGAUGCUUACAACAAGCUUAAGCCGAGGGACAGCAGUCUGGCUGACGCCGCACAAAAUGCCGAACGCUUGUGGGAAGAGACCGCUCAGAAAGUGGAAACCUUGAGAGCACAAUUGCGCGAAGUUCCGCAACAAUGGGCAGCUUACAGACAAAAAUUUGAUGAGAUGGUGCAUUGGAUGGAUCAUGUUGACAGUACUCUGAGAACUAUCUUACGCGAGGUCAAUACCUUGGAAGAGUUCGAGAAGGAAAAGACCAUAUUUCAGCUCCAGACCUUAACGAAAAUCUGCCGCGAAGCUGACAGUAAGCGUGAAGAGAUGAAGUGGCUGGUACAAUCCCUCGACAAUCUAACGUUGAAUCGUUCAGACCGCGAAGCACUUACGGCGCAACAAAAUUUGGAACAACUGAUAACGCGUUAUAAAAAUUUAAUACCGACGAUUGAAAUCACAAUGACGAAGACGGAUAUUUACUCGAAGAGUUACACUUAUCGAAAGGAGGUGCGCGAAGUAUGCACUUUGUUGCGCAAAGUUCGUGAACAAUCCAAAGUCGAAGUCACGCCUGAAAUUCCUGAAAAGCUACAAAGCGCGGUUGCUCAUCAGGAAUCUCGUCUUAAUCAACUGGAGCAACAGCGAGCGACUAUCGUCAGUAUGUUGCAACGUGGCAAAGAUCUUCUAAAGGACCAACAUGCGCCACCUUUUGUCUCAUCAGAAGUGCAGCAGUUGGAAACCAAUUGGAACGAUACAUACGGUCAAAGUAUGGAAACACUGAAGUCUCUAAAGGAUUCGCAGAAGCUCUGGAACAUCUACCAAGACCAGAAGAACGAGAUUUUAAGAUUAAUUGAGCAAGCCGAACGAGAACUGCGACAAAUUGAGUCCACGUGUUACUACGACGCCGCUCAAGUGACUUCCGACUUGCAGAAGAAGCAAGAGUUCAAUGCGAAUUUGAGAAAAUCAGCCGAGGAAAUGAUGAGGAAGCUACGAGAGACGCAUAGCAAUCUCUCACAGACGCUCGCGCCGCCGAGCACGAAAGAGAUUUUGGAAAAGGAAGUGACAGAAACCGAGAAGAAGCUGGAGCACACGCUGAAGGUGGUGCGCGAUAAAGUGGUUUAUCUUCAAGAACACAGUACCCGAUGGAACAAAUUUCAAUCGAAAUUCACGGAACUACGGUCCUGGAUUCAGCAAGCCGCGCCACAAUCAAUUGCCGAUAUCGAGGAUUCCACUGCCUCACCUGAGGAGAGAGUUCGUAAAACGGAGAACUUGCAGAAAGAAAUAAAGGAGAAAGUGUCGACUUUAAACGUUCUGGAGGAUGAGUCUCGGAAACUCGUGAAAGAAGACAACGAUGAUGCACCAGCGAAACAACUUCGCAGCGACAUCGAGAAUCUUCACAAGGCAGUUGAAUCAUUGAAUAAGAGCAUCGUGACACAACGUGAGUUAGCUACGCGAAAUCUUGCCACGUGGAAAGAAUACGAGAAGGGUAUUCAAAAGAUAAAGCCAUGGAUCGAGCAAGCGGAAUCUCAGGUAGCUACGAUGGGUAGCAAACCCAGCACUCUACCUCAAGCCACGCAAAUGUUAGAGUCGGCUAAGCUUUUCGAGAUUGAGUGUCAGCAGCAUCUCCCAAAAGUUCAGAGUCUGUCGACAAUCAGCCACCAGAUAACCGGAAGGACAGUGGCACCUGACGAGGUCGAUGCCGUGCACACGCGUUGGAACGCAGUCCACGACGUGGCAGCGCAGACGACGACCAAGCUGGAUAAAUUAGUCUCCUCAUGGAAUGCCUUCGAGUCGGAGGCCAAGGAACUCAACGAGUGGCUGGAGAACAGCGAGAGAGAAGCUCUUAAGGAACCCAAUGUACAGACGCCCGAGGCAGCGAAGCUGGAAAAAGAACUGGCGCAUUUGAAGGAAUUCAACAAGAGCAUAUCCGAUCAUCAGGCUCAAUUAAUAUCGCUGACCCAAGUUUCCGAUCACAUCAGUCACGGUUUAUCGUUAGACGGUGCUUCCGCGUUGAAGGCUCGCGUCGCCGAGAUGAAGAGCAGAGUCAGCAAGCUUGCGGACACAGUGCGACAUCACAUUAAUCUCGUCUCCGAUUCGUUGCUAGCGCGCCAGGAGUUCCAAAUGAAGAUUACCGACUUCGAGAACUGGAUGACAAGACUGAAGUCCGACAUCAACGAAAUCGGGGACGUGAACGUGGAUAGCGUCGACACGAAUCUGCAAGCGGUGCACGCUCAUCUUCAAGAACACUCCGAGAAGCAACCGAUGUUCACUGCGAUCUACGAUGAGGUAAAGCGGCUGUCGUCACGCGGCUCCGUGUUGGAAGCCAAAGCGUUAAACGGGAUUUAUACGUCCUUAGCGAAGAAAUACAAGGCGCUCGAGGACGAUUUGCGAGAGAAGAAGAAAGGUUUAGAAAAGUGGAUCGAGCUGUUGAGUUGGCACAAUGACGCCAAUGCGCAAUUGAAUCACUGCAAAUACGAGGCCGAAGCCAGGAAACCAACCAUCGCCGAUCUCGACAGGCUUUCCUCGGAACUUCAAGCUGUGUAUACGAAAAUUAAUACCUGGAAAGAGCACGUUCCAUUGAUGGAUAGCACUCUCGGAAUACACGUACGUGACAAGCAAGAGAAAGUGGUUACCGCGACUACAUUGCUGAACGAUCUCGAGUCCAAGGCGUCGGUAUUGAAGAUGGAGCUGUCCGCGAAACGCGACAAAUUGGAGAAUCUCGGUGCUAAGUGGGACAAUUUCAGAAAACUGCAGCAGAAGAUCACCGAAGAGAUCGUCAGUACUCAAACGAGCCUGCAGGACAUUACUUACACCGUCGACACGUGCGAGAAGCUUGCACCGGCGAUUGAAAAGAUCGACGAUCUGAUUGAAGAUCAUCAGAGACGAGAACCGGAGAAGGAAAUCCUCCAUCGAGAAGGUGACAACUUGAUGAAGGAGGAUCAGCGAGCGAUAACUAAUAUCCAGGUGGUGGUUUCUUCGGUGGAUGGUAACUGGGAGAAAGUCAAUGAGCUUCUGCGAGAACAGAGAAAGAAAUACGCCGAGAUGGACGCCGAUUGGAAGCAGUACCAGGAGGCUAAGGAGAAAUUGAACAAGUUCAUCGAUGAAGCGAAGAAUCUUUGCCAGUCAACAAAAGACGUGUCAACCGACAUCACCCAGGCGAACGUAACCCUGGAGAAGCACAAGAGAGCUUCGGAGAUUUUGAAGAAGGGCAAACAGUUUUUGGACAAGAUGGAUACUAAGGCACAGCAAUUGGUGAAAGAAGCAUCGCUAAUGCCAAACUUCAAGAUUAGCCUGAUCGAAUCGGAUCUUUCCGACACGCGGAAGAAAUAUCACGAGAUUUACGGCGAGAUAAUUGAUCGGACUCAAAUUUAUGAAACGCAGGUCAUUAUCUGGAAACAGAUUGAAGAAUCGAAGUACGAACUCACGAGAUGGUUGAGCGACACGAACGAGGCGCUCACUGUGGCUUGCGAGCGUUUGUUCGAUGCCGAAAACGGACAGGCACGGUUGACCAGAUACCGCGAGGAAUUACCGACGCAUCAGCAACUUCGUCAAGGUAUCGCCACAAAAACCGAGCAGCUCACAAAGUUGAACGACGACACGGAUAUGCCAACUUUAAAGUCUCUCAAUCAUUUACUGGAUGAUCAGUUCAAGCUCGUUAAAGAGGCCGCGGAUAAGCUCGCAUCGCUCACGUCGACCUUCAAUGAGAAGGAAAAGAGUAUCAGGCAAGAAUUAAAAAAAUGCAGCGACAUGAUAUCGAAGAUCCGCGAGGAAAUAAUUAAAUGCGACGAUCUAACUGGCGAAAAUACUAAGAUUCUGCACAGAAUCAAUAAGUGUCAAGAGCUGAAGGCUGAACUAGAAAAGUGCGAUUACGCGCUUUCGGAGAUUGACGAGAGAUUGACGGAUAUGGCAUCAGAAUAUCCAACAGUAUCCAAGUCCAGCUUGCCAAAGGAGCUGCAGGCACUGCAACUUCGCAAAGACGGCGUGACCAGUCACGCUGAUAAGGUCAACGCUACGUUGGUGGCUUUCCUGACGAAGCUCUAUCACGAGAAAUUCGGCGCUCUGCAACGGAUGGUGGCAACUCACAAGGAGAAGGUGGCCUGGUGCGAGCCUGAACAGAGCAGCGACCGUUACAAUCUUGAAGUUAAGAUGGCUUCGUUGGCCGACGUGGAGGCCGGUAUCGCCGAUUGCGAGGCGAGAAAAGUAGACACAGAUAAUUCAUUGAAGCUCUUGGGAACCGUCGAGAGCAACGAAACGACUUCUGCUCUUAGAAGCGAACGUGACAAGGUAGUCGCCGAUUUAGAGUCCUUGAAGAUCAGUUGCCGAAAGAUCAAGUCCGUGCUGGAGCAAAAUAUAGCCUUGUGGCAACGAUAUGAGUUAACAUCAGAGAACGUUGUUUCAUGGCUUAAAGAGAACGAGAACAAAAUCAGGAUUGAGGCUACGACACUUCUUAAUCCGGACGAGAUUGAUGCGAAAAUCGCCGAGAUAAUGCGGUUCGAAAGGGAGAUCAAGGGACGCGAGAGCGAAAUGAAAGACCUGAUGGCACUCGGCGAGGAAAUUACCAAAGUCAGUCCGGAUUCCCGCGUGGCUCAAUACGUGGGACACUUGAACACACGUUAUCGCUCGGUACUCAAAUCCUUGGCUCAGCAUCUAGACAAGCUUAGAGAACUGAAACAAAUCAGAGGCCAAUACGUCGCCAAUGUGAAAGAGUUGGAAUCGUGGCUGCAAAACGCAGAGCAAAAGCUGAAGACCUUUGGCGAGGUCAGUGGUGCCAAGCCAAUGACUUUCUACCAGAGCCGACUAAAGGAACUAAAGGCGUUCGCGGAGGAACGCGAGACUGGACAAGCUAUCUCGAAUCGAACGGCGGAGACGGGCGAAGCUCUUUUCGCGAGGAUAACACCGGAUUACAGGGAGAUUAUCAGAGGCGAAUUAAGAAACUUACGUAAUCGCGUGGAAGCUCUGGCCGAUCGCGCAAAUGUGAUCUACAAGAAGAUCGAAAGUGACAUGAUGCAUCGGUCCUCGUUCGAGGACAAGUACUCCCAGGUGAAGCGAUGGGUAAUGGAGGCACGGAAGAAGCUAGGUGACAAACAGGAUCUACUACCGACGCUGCAAGAGAAGAAACUCGCCUUGCAUUUGUACAAAGCCAUCGCACAGGACGUCGGUGUUCACCGAAAGAUCCUGCAACAGCUUCAGGACAGACUCGGAGCAGCGCCGGACGACGAGGCUGCCGAGAUGCUCAACAGCGUGAUUGAAGCACACGAAAAGCUGUCGGAAGACGUGGAAGAUAGGAUUAAUGUGGCGGAGAAGCACGUUGCCAAUCACGAAGCUUACCUUCAGACAUUCGAGAAGACGCGAGAUUGGAUCAACACGAUGAUAAACGAAGCGGCAUCCAUCAGCGAGGAUCUCUCGAUAGAUCGAGACACGGCCAAAUCUAAGAUUUCCUCGAUCGAAAAUGUGUUGCAACAUAAAACCGAGGGCGAUAAGAUCUUAGCCGACUGUAAUCAGCAAUUAAACAUCAUUCUGGAGCAAACCUCGAUAGCUGGCCAUCCCGCGUUGCUGAAAGGAUUCGAGCAACAGAAGAAGAUAUGGGAGGACUUCCUUCAACGAUGCAUCGCGAGCAGAGAUAAACUGAAUCGAUUGUUCGAUCGAUGGUCCGAGUUCGAGAGAGUGGUGGAACGUUUGGAAUCCUGGCUCAAACAGAUCGAAGCGCAAGUAAAGGAUCAAAGCUUGAAGAGUACCGAGGAAACGAAACGCGCGCACUUGCAAAAGCUGAAAGCUCUUGAAGAGACUAUCGUGGCGAAGGGCGCGGAGUUGAACACCGCGAUCGAGAAGAGUCAAAGCGUAGAAGCAGACUCUGAUUUGGCCACGAGAGUGUCUCGUCAGGCUACGAAAUAUCAAGCGGUCAGGAACCAGGCGAAGGAGGCUGCGGCAAGGUACGAGCAAUACGCGAAGGAGCACAACCUGUUCAAUGAGAAAUACAAUCAAUUCUUGGAUUGGAUCACCGAAGUGCAGAGCGAAUUGAAGAAGUACAGCGAGAUCGUCGGCGAUUUAGCGGUGCUGCAAAGCAGGCAGAAGAAAAUCAGGGAUCUCGGUGACGUCAGAACGCGCGAGAACGCUCGCUUCGAGUCCGUUAUUGAUCUUGGCGAGAAACUCUACGCGCACACUUCGCCGGAUGGCAGAGAAAUAAUCAGACAGCAGCUAAGGAACUUACGCGGCAUGUGGGACGGCUUUUCCGAAGACCUGCAGAACUCGACGCGGAAGUUGGAUCAGUGUUUGAUGCAGUUUGCCGAAUUUUCGUUGUCUCAAGAACAAUUGACAGCUUGGCUGCGGGAUGUCGAGCGCGCGAUGCAUCAGCACACGGAGUUGAAGUCCUCAUUGGAGGAGAAACGCGCGCAAUUGCAGAAUCAUAAAAUCAUGCAUCAAGAGAUCAUGUCGCAUCAAACGUUGGUGGAGGCGGUUUGCGACAAAGCGCAACAGUUAGUCGAGCAGACCAAAGAUCUCUCCCUGAACGUCUAUCUGCAGUCCAUCAAGCAACUCUUCCAAAACAUCGUCGCGAAGUCGCGAGAUUUGCUGGAGAAUCUGGAGGACUGUUGCGAGAAACAUCAUCGUUUCAAUCUUCAGUGCAAAUUUUUCGCCGAUUGGUUGCACGGGGAACGCGAGAAGCUGGCCGAAUGCAACGACAUGACUGGUGAACGAUCGGACAUCUCUCGUCGAUUGACAAGUUUGGCAGUAUUGAAAGACGGCCAAGCGCAAGGAGCGGAACAUCUUGCAAGAUUGAAGGAACUCAGUGAGGCAGUGGCUAACAGCACCGCGCCUAAGGGUCGAGAAGUUAUCAAUAAGGAAGUGACUACUUUGGAGAAUAAUCUGCAACAAUUCCUGAGCGAAAUCGAAUCCGUAGAAGAGCGACAGCGAACGGCUUUGGAAAGAUGGCAGAACUUUGAGGACCAGCUGGAAGCCCAUACGAAAUGGUUCCGUUCCAUGGAGGCGGCAUUCCGCGACCAGCAACUUCAGCCGACGUUAAAGGAUAAGGAAGCGCGGCUUCGCGCAUUUAAGGAGAAACGCGAGAUUAUCGCGCGACAAGAGCGAGAGAUAGACGAAUUUGUGGAUAAAUCGCACAGUUUGCUGCACGCGAGUGGUAUCGAACGUAUCAAGCCACUGAUUUCCCAAGUCAGCAACAGAUAUCAGCUGUUACACGUGCUGAGCAAGGAAGUGAUAAACCGAUGCCAAAGCAUUGUCGAUGACCAUCGAGCCUACGAAGAGAAGUUGAAGGCUAUUGAUGCUUGGCUUACUCCACUCGAGCAAAACCUGGCUGCCUUGAAGAAAGAUGAGAUUGGCGGUGAUCUUGAGGCACGGAAUUCGCGUUUGCAAGUCUUAUUAACUGAGAAAGAACAAGCGGAACAUCGCUUGGCCAGCUUAACGUCGCUCGGAGAGAGAAUUCUCCCGGACACUUCCGCGCAAGGACGCGAAGUGAUCAGACAGGAGUUGCGACACGCUCGCGAACGAUGGGACCGUUUGGCCGAAGGCAUUACCGAACAACAGAAGAAGCAGGACGCUCAGUCCCUGCAAUGGUCCAGUUACCAAGAAACCUUGCAACAAAUUCUUGGUUGGCUAGACACGAUGGAACGCGCGGUUAAGCAAGAUUCUUCGACCGUGUGGUCUUCCUUGCAGGAGAUAAGAUCGAGAUUACUCAAAUUGAAGACGUUGCAUCAAGAGAUCUUGGCUCAUAAGCGCAUCAUCGAGGGAAUUUCGGAAAAAGCCAAUGCUUUGGUUCAAGUCGCUCAAACCCCAUCCGACGUUCACGAGAAGGUCCUUUCGGUAUCGAAGAGAUACGAAAAGCUCGUAGACACGUCCCAGAAAGGAAUAUCUGGCUUGGAAACAUUGCUCGACAUUUUCCAGCAAUUCCACGAUCUCCAGAAAGCUUAUCAAGAUUAUCAAAAGCGUCAAUGGGAACAUUUGACAAAUUAUAGCGAUUAUACGGGAAACAAGGCUGCUCUUCAAGCGAGAUUAGCUAAAGUCAUAGAGAUUCAGGACAGCCAAAGCGAGGGUGAAAUAAAGCUGAACGUGCUUGGAGAACACGUGGCGCAAAGCGCGCGCACUUUACCGCCUAGAUCGCAAGAAUCUAUGGAGAGAGACUUGGCCAAUCUCAAAUUCGAGAAUAAAAAAUUCGCUACAGCGGUAAGCGAUGUGAUACGUUGCAUCGAAGAAAGGAUACAGCAAUGGAGCGAAUACGAAAAUUCGUUGGAACGUUUGCUGGCUUGGCUCACCGACGCCGAAACAUCACUGAAAAAUUAUUGUCUAAAGAACACUUUGGAGGAAAAGCAGGAGCAGCUUGAGAAAUAUCAAGAACUGCAAAAGGUCGCCGACUCGCGGAACACGGAUGUCACAGAACUGGUUGCGCUUGGUGAUCACCUCGAACAAUCACUAAUUGUGAAUCUCCGGCAAAACGAAGCUGAGUUCGAUAAGAUGAGCGACGAUUCGUCGGAGCUGAUGCAGAUCAGCGGCGAAACCAGAUUUUCUGCCAGCGUUCAGCAAGUCACGUCACGUUUCCAAUCAAUUCAAGCAACUGCCAAGGAACUCGUAAAGAAGUGCGAGCAAGCAGUCAUGGAUCACGCCAGCUACUUAGAUCGUUACAAACAAUGUUCUGAGUGGCUAGCAAACACCAGAACACGCUAUCAAUCUACCAAGGAGAAUGCCAGUGGUACUCGUCAGGAGCUGAUCUCAAACGUCGACACUCUAAAGGAACUCUUGUCCCGCCAGUCCUCGGCCACGCUUCUGAUAAACAGCACCGUCGAAGCUGGAGAACGAUUGUAUCCCACGACCGGUGUGGAAGGCCGAGAGAUCAUUCGACAACAACUGCUGGAUCUUCAGCAGGCGUUCGAAGAACUUUACGAUAGCGUCACCUCAACCGAACGCGAUAUGCAAGCGAAGAUUUCGCGGUGGUCCGGCUUUGACGAGUGCAGCGAGGCCUUCGAGAAUUGGCUGAAGACCGCGGAAACCCAAUUGAAGCCAGAGAUUGAAUUAAAGACUACCCUGGAUGAGAAACGCGCUCAGUUGCAGAUCUACCGCACUAUCUUGCACGACGCUCAAGCGCAUCAACAAGAUCUACUAGAUCUACGAGACAAAGCAGAUAAUCUACCCGAUCGCACCGACAAGAUCGACCAAACACUAAAUGAUUUAACAAACAGGUACAACGUGCUGUUGAAACGCGCGACGAGAUUUGUAGAGCGAUACGAAGGAAUAGUGAGCGAUCAUCAGCAGUACAGCAAGGCGGUGCUAGACACGCACGAAUGGUUGGAUGCCACACAUAAUGCCGUGAGUCUUUGGGGUGAUGUGGAACUGGAGAGGGUGUCGUUGCACACAAAUCUGGAUCGUCUAAAGAAUUUGUUGCACAGUUUGCCGGAAGAUGAGCCGCGAGUGCAGCAAAUCAGAUCGCUGGGUGAAAAGGUGAUACCCGGGACUCUGGAAUCAGGGCAGAUAAAUAUCCGAUCGCAGAUCGAUUCCUCGCAGCAAGAGUGGGAAGGCUUGAUCUCGGCCGUCAAAUCUACCAUCGAGGCGUUGGAGAACAAACUUCAGCAAUGGAGCGAGUUCGAGACGUCGAAGGAGAGAUGCCUCGCUUGGAUGAGAGACACUGACACGAAGUUGCACGCCGUCGAUCUCAAGCCCACUUUGGCAGAGAAGAAGAAUCAGCUCGAGAAACUGCGUGCUCUUCAAGGUGAGGUUCGCGCCAAGGAGUUGGAAAUUGAUGCCGUUACCGAGCGUGCUCAGCAGCUUCAUAAGAACGUCACUUCUCGCACUUCUUACAUAUCGGAACUGAGCAUCAAAUACCAGCAAAUCUCCAGCAAAGUCAAGGAUCUCAACAAUCGUUGGCAUCAGUACGUUGGCACACAUCAGGACUUCGAUAAUCAAUUGGCAGAGUGCACCACGUGGGUGGAAGACAUCAGGAACAAGCUAGCGUAUUGUUCUGACUUGAGCGCAUCCUCGCAGAAAGACCUCGAGCAAAAGAUGGACAUCGUGCAAGACCUACUGUUGUAUAAAGAGGACGGUUUCGCGAAAGUUCAGAGUAUCGUUGAGCUGGCUCAGGCCGUUCUAGCGAACACAGCUCCGGCUGGUCACCAAACGAUCAACGACGCUUUAGCAAAACUUCAGGAACAGUGGAGCGCUUUGGCGUCAAAAAUGCUGGAGACCAAGACAAACUUGGAUGAUUCGAUAAACAAGUGGGCGGGUUUGCUGGAGCAAAUACAGUCUAUCAAUAAAACGGUGGAGUAUAUGCAGACGUCGAUCGACGAGAUCUCGCAGUUUCAGACGACGAUGUCGGAGAAGAGGAGUCAACUGGAACGAAUUAAAGCGCUUGAGGAAAAAGUCCGUUGCGAAAAUAUCGAGGUCGACAGUCUGAAGCGCAAAGUUGCAGAGAUGAUUGCGAGCGGUCAGCAAGGAUUGGCUGCCUCGCAGGCUCAGGACAUACUCAAUAAGUUUGAUGAACUUUUUGAGAAGAUCAAAUCCUUACUGGCCGAGCGAGAAGAACAGUACAAGGAUCAUCGUGUUUAUAAAGAAGCUCAUGAUGAUCUCAUUGGCUGGCUUAGCCGGGCUCGCGAGAAGAUACCGUCUAUGAAACAGAGAUCACUCAGUGAUAAGUUAGCGAUUGAGAACGCAGUGGUGCCGCUCGAAAGUUUGUUGAACAAGAAAGCUCAAGGCGAACUGCUGGUAGAGCAUUUGCAGCAUACCGGAGAAGUUGUUUGCGCCAGCACUAGUCCCGCUGGGCAGGAAGUCAUCAGAAAUGAAAUACGAGCGCUCACAGAAAGUUUCGAAGGAUUAUUUAAAGAAAUUCAACAGCAGAAGAAUCAGUUGGAGGCUACUGUAAGUCAAUGGCGCGAUUACAAGGACGAGUAUGAAAGACUCAGUGACUGGUUGCAGCAAUUCGAUAUUCUUAUUAAAGCUCAGAAAAAUGCUCUUUUACCGAAUUUGAAAGAAAAACAAAAGCAGGUGCAAGAAGUAAAAGAUUUACUCGAUAAUCUGAUGAAGGGCCAAGAGCAAAUUGAUAAAUUCAACAAAACAGCUGCUGGUUUAUUGUCCUCUCACUUGGACACUUAUGUUAACAAUCAGCUGCGACAUUUGAAUUCGCGUUAUCAGGUGCAAGUGAAUCUCGCGAAGGAUGUAUUGAACAAGGUCGAGACCAAUUUUGCUCAGCACCGAGAAUACGAGAGCAAUCUUGAGAAAGCCCGCGACUGGAUCAAUAACGCCAAGCAAAUCAUACGCCAAGGAACGGAAGCGGUGUCGAGCAGCAGUCGUGAGGAAUUGCAGAGUAGACUCGACAAAAUCCAGGAACUGUUAAGGAAACGCGAGGAAGGUCAGAAUCUAGUACAUCUGACUGUGAACUGCGGCGAAAAAGUCAUGAGAAACACGCGAUCGGAUGGCCGUGAGGAGAUCAACGCCCAGUUGAAAGAGAUCCAGAACGAUUGGGAGCGGUUGGUGAAGAAAAUUUCGACCACGAAGGUACAUCUCGAGACGAGUCUGUUGCAGUGGGCAGACUACAGUUCGUCAUACUCGCAGCUGCAACAAUGGAUCAACGAUCGUGAGGCCAAGCUGCAGCAGGUAUGCGAGCAGAAGGUCUCCAAAGCUCGGAAAGGCCUAGCCGGCUUAAGCUCUCUGGCGAUCGGAGAAAGGAAAGCGAAUCUGCGACAAACGAACAGCAUCGUUCAGGAUAUUGUGGCGUUCGAACCCAUGAUACAGUCAGUUACCACGAAGGCUGAAGACUUGCAACAGGCGACGCCGGCCACGGAGAUCUCGAUCAAGUACGAAACUCUGAGUAAGCACGCUCGAGAGUUGUACGCGAAGCAGAAGGAGACUGUCGAACAGCAUCAAGCAUUCAUUGAUAGCGGCAACGAAUUCGUUCAGUGGAUACGAGCGGCGAAAGAGAGGCUUGGCAAGUGUUCGGAGCCUACAGGAGAUAAAGAAUCUUUGGCCAGUAAAAUCACGCAACUGAAAGUUUUGCAAAGCGAAUUGCCCGAGGGCCAGAAAAAGCUGGAGAAGGCUUUGGAACAAGGUAACGCCGCUUGUCAGAUCGCAGAUGCCGAAGACAAGGAGAUAAUCGAGGAGGAAGUGGCGCUAUUACAGGAAGAAUAUGAUAACUAUGUAGACUCAUUGAAUAACACGAAGAGUUUGCUCGAGGUCGGUAUAGUGAAGUGGACCGAAUAUGAAGAUCAGUUCUCCGAGGCUACAGAAUGGCUCACACAAACUGAGCAGCUAGUGCAGACAUUUAACAAGUUGCAAGAUAGCUUGGAAGAGAAGAAAAACGUCCUCGAACAAUUCCAAGUUCAUUUACAAACACUCUUUGACUGGCAAAAAGAACUAGAUCGUUUGAACAUGAAAGCUCAAAUGUUGUUGGAAACGUGUGCCGAUACGCGGAUUUCUAAUGCCAUAACGCAGCUCACUACCAAGUAUAACGCGCUUUUAUCUCUCGCUAAGGAAAUAAUGCGGCGAUUGGAAUUGCAUUAUCAGGAGCAUCAACAACACAAUACUUUGUAUCAAGAAUGCCAGGAUUGGAUUGAGCGUACGCGAGAUAAAUUGUGCGAGUGUAAGGACAUUCCUAGCACAUUGACCGAAGUUAACAAUAAGCUACAUACAUGUAAAGCCAUUCGGCAGUCAUUGGAACAAGGGCAGAACAAGUUACGUUACGCUUUAGAACUGAAAGAGAAAGUCAUCAUGAAUACGGAACAAAAUGGCGCGGCAAAGAUUCAAGAAGACACUGAAAACUUAAAGAGUGAAUUCGAUAAAUUGUUGGCCGACGUUGAGGAUGUCAGGCAGAAACUCGCAGCAAGAGCAAGUACAUUAGAGGAACUCAACAAGAUUCACCGACUUGUCUCGGAUUGGUUGGAGGAAGUAGAGAGCAAGGUAAAACCAGGAGACGCGUUCAGAAACGAUCUCAGCGAAAAGCGUGCUUUAUUGGAAAAAUAUAAGAUUCUGCAAAGAGACAUCCAUGGCCACGGCGAGACGGUAGAUCGUUUGAAGACUCGUCUCACUGAAAAUCCCAGCAUAUCAAAAACUCCUUACGAAUCGACCAUCAACAAGUACGACGACGUGAAGAAACUCAUUUCCGAAAAGAUUCGUAAUUUGGAGGAUCAAGUCAAGGAUCACGAAAGAUUCCAGCAAGCUCUGAACGAGGCAGGUGACUGGGUGCGACGCGCAAAAGUCGAGCUUCAACAGUAUAGCGAUACUCAUGGCGAAAAAGAGCGAAUAAUCGAGCGAGAAAAUAAAGUCAAUCAGAUCAUUUCGUCUCUGCCAAAGGGCGAUACGCUGAUUUCGAAGGUGAUCGAGUUGAGCGACGUCGUGAUUUCCAAGACAGGUCCGGAGGGUCAGGACUCUAUCAAGCAGGAUAUGAAACAGAUACAAGCAGACUGGAAAUCCUUGCAAGCUCAGUGUCACGAUUCGCAACGAGUUCUGGCGAAUUGCAUUUCGAGCUGGUCCCAGUUCACAAACGCGUUGGACGACAUGAAACGGUGGAUAGAUCAUUUUCAGAAGAAGAUCAUCGAAGAACAGGCCAAGGAAAACAAGACUCCGGAGGAUUUGGAACGUUGCAAGCGUUUAGUGGAAGAGGCGAUUAAGCAGAAACCAGUCUUGGAGGACUUGAACGACAAGUGUGAAGCUUUGCUAGAGAUCAGCGCUUGCAGCUGGGCGCGGGAUAAAACAGUGCAGUUGCAAUCAGCGUAUACAUCACUCUUAACGGACGCGCAAGGGCUCGUCUCGAAAGUUGAGAAGAAUCUGGCGGAUCAUACGGAGUUCUUGAAAGCCAAGAAGGAAAUGGAAGACUGGCUACGCACGGCUCACGGAUCGGUAGAAGAUUGCAUUGGUGUAGGAGACGCGGCUUGGGCGAAAGAUAAGUUGGAAACGUUGAGGCUGGUAGCAACGCGCGUGACGGAAGGCCAACAUUUAUUGUCGACGUUGCAAGACGCCUUCGCAAAGGCGAUCAAUAUGGCACUGCCAGAACAACAAGAUCAAUUACGAUCGGACAUGGCCAAUCUUCGUUCCAGUUGGGAGCAAUUAAGUAUGGAUCUCAACACGGUUCAAGCCAAAGUGAAAUCGGUUCUGAGUCGUUGGGAGGAUCACGCGGAGGCCCACGAUAAAUUCCUAAAAUGGUUAGAGGAGAACGAGAAGAUCGUCAAAAGUACUCCGGAUACGAAGGGCGAGUUCGGCGAGAUGAAAACGAUGCUCGAGCGAUACAAGCACAUUCAAGAGGAGGUUCGAGGUAGAAAAUCGGAUCUGGAUCAUCUGAUGGCGGAAGCGACGGAAUUGUCGGCAUGGGCAAAGAACAAUGCCACGUUGAACGAGACAAAGCAAUUGUCAGGACGAUGGGAAGUACUGGGCGAGCUCGUCGGUGAGAGGAAGAAGCUCAUUGAGAAAGAGAUACAAGAGUACAACGCGUAUCACGCCGCUCUGCAAGAAACGGAAAAAUGGUUGUUACAGAUCUCCUUCCAAUUGAUGGCCCACAAUUCUCUCUACAUCACUAACAAGGAACAAACGCUCGAGCAAAUUAAGCAGCAUGCAGUUCUGCUGGGUGAAAUACAGAAGUACCAAGAGGUAUUGGACGAAUUGAAGGCAAAGGGUCACGGUCAGAUUGAUCGAUACGUCGCCGCGAAUCCCCUGAUUAGAUCGACCAUACAACUGCAGCUGCAGAACGUUCAGGAUAGUUACAACUCGCUGCUGAACACUGCUCUGCAAAUCAAGAACAGAUUGGCGGAGUCUCUGGCUAAAUUCCAGGAGUACGAGAACACCCUGGAGAGCAUUAUGAAGAAUCUGGACACGUACGAGGCGGAAAUGGCUCAGGCAUUAGACGCACCGUUGGACAAUCUGACAUCCGCCGAACAGAGUCUCGAGAGUGCUCGCACUCUACACAACAAGCUACAAGGCGAGAAAGCUCGACUGGCGUUGGCAGUGGAAGCUUGCGAAGCUGCGGCGGCAUGCGUCUCUAGACCUGGAAGUCCCCUCGAUGCUCCACCCAUUCAAGUUCCCGCGAGGGAAGUCGAAGUCAGGACAAGACUUGAUGAUCUCAUCGAUCAGAUGCAAACGCACUUGGCGAACGUGAUGAAAGCGGUGGGCGAUCUCGAGGAACAAUUGCGACAGAAGAACGCGCUUCGUACUUGGAUCAAUCAGCAAAGGGCUCUCUGCGCCGAAUGGAAAUCACGACCAGCGAAAUUGCGAUCGGAGGCUGCCCAGGCCGAGUUGCAGGCGAUGAACGAGCUGCUCACCAACGUGGGCGAACGUCGCACCCGCGCAUUAACCGAGCUAUCGAUUCGCGAGGAGGAUCAUGACAUCGAGGACGGCUUGAAUAAACUGGAGGCCGAAUUGACAGACGCCAUCGCCGGCAAGCAAGCAGCGCAAGAUCUCAUACAGAGCUAUAGAUCGCAAGUACAGGAUAUACAGACGUGGUUCGACAGCCUGUCGAAGAAGGUCGAUGUGAUUGAGAGAGGUAGCGGAUUGACCAUCAAUCAGAAGAUUUCGAACCUCAAAGACAUCACGAAUGAAUACGAGUCUCAGGGACCGGAGAAGCUGGCCGAAAUUAAGAAACUAGGCGACCAAGUGAUGGAUUCGGUCAGCAACUUGGAUUCCCAACAGAUCGAGGAGCAAAUCAAGUCGGUGGAGAGACGGUACGCUGACAUUGGCAAGAAACUGCAAAGAAAAGCUCAGGUUCUGGACAUGACGGCACAGGGCAUCGAAGCAACUAGGCGGGAGAUUGAAGAGAACCGCGAGUGGAUCGAGCAGAAGAAGCAACAAAUAAAAAUGCCCGAGCUGCUUGGUUUCGAAAGCAAACAGGCGGAGGAGAGGCUUCUCGCUCUCAAGGCUGUGCUGAAAGAAGCGGACGCAAAGCAGUUGAUCAUUGAUACGCUGGAAAAGCGAGUCGGAAAUAUGCAGAACGAACUGGAGAGCAGCGAGCAGCAACAAUUAGAGGCUGACACGAAGGCCUUGCGUGGCGAACAAGUUGAGCUAUGCAACAUUCUGAGGGAUGAAAUAUCGGUGGCGAAUGCGGCGGUUGAUGCACGUCGCAAAUUGGAGGCUGACAUCGAACGAGCUCGAAACUGGAUAAGAUCCAAGAGCAACGACCUGAAGAAGCUCAGCGGAUAUCUGCCUCUAAAAGCUUCAAAAGUUGAGCAAGAUAUCGCACAACAUAGCGGAUUGGAAGCGGACAUCGAGUCAUUCAACGAAGGCAAUCUUAAAGACAUCUUUAAACAAGGACAUAAUUUACUAAAGGAUUGCAACGCAGAAGGCCGUGCCAAACUUCAGACUCUCUUAGACGAUUUGAAUAAGGAUUAUGAAGAAUUAAAGAAAGAGGCGAAAGAGAAAGAGGCCUCGUUGGCAGAUCUUCUCCAGGGACGCAAAGCCUUCGAGAGUGAAUUAGACAAGUGUCAACGAUGGAUUAAGGAAGCUGAAGUAGCUACAUCCUCCGAAUUGCGGCCUUCCAGCCUGGACAUUCUCCGAGAACAACUUGCUAAGUAUGAUCGAUUGAAGAAAGAAGCGCAGGAAUAUGGCGACGACAUAGAAAAAAUAAUCCAACAAGGAAAAUCGAUCUUGCCGACCGUGAGCGACGCCGAUAAACAGGAAUUGAGCGAACAAUUAAAGAACAUGAAGGAAGCUCACGGACGGGUGGCAAGCGUAAUAAACGAGAGAGCAAUCGCACUCCAAAAGAGCAUCGAUGAAGCUGAAGAGGCUGCGGCGCGAGUAGCGGAGGCCAUUCAGUUCAUGACAGACAUUCAGAAAGAGCUUCAUGAUCUAAACAAACCGAUUGGUGCUCGCGUGGAGGAUGUAGAAGGAAUGCUAGCUGCUUACGAAAGAAUCCUUGACAAUCUCAAGGCAAAUAAAGCAAAAUUAUCUGACCUUCAAUCAGCUAACGUUGGUGAUCUACAUGGAGUACUGACGCAGCAAGAUGAUCUGAUACGAGUUCUGGAAGCACAAAUAGCAAAACUUCGCCAACUGCUAUUGCUGCGACAACAAUUCAUUGCCUUGAUCGCAGAAAUCACCACCUUUAUUGCAAAGUAUACUGAAAUUGUCAGAGACAUCGAAAAGUCGGGACAAACGACGGAAGAGAAGAUCAAAAGGUACGACGACGUUAUACUGAAGAUCCAAGAAUGCGAGGCUACUCUCGCCAGCGCAACAGACAAGGGACAGCAAAUAGCGGCGGAAGGCUCAGCCGUGGACAGAAACAACGUGACGGAACAAUUGCAGUCCCUGAAGCAGCAAUUACAGGCUCUUCGAAGAGCAGUGGAGACGCAAAGGGAGCAACACGAACUGGCAGCAGCUGAGCACAGACGACUCGCCAACGAACUAGCCGAUAUCCUUGAUUGGCUCGAGAGCAAGGAGAAGGAAGUCAAGUCCAGGCCGCUGCUGGAGAGAGAUCCGACCAGCGUCGAGGCGGAAUUGAAGAAGCACAACACCCUUUGCGCCGAGGUGAACGAGCAUCUCGACAAGAUCAGAAGUUUGAAGGAAUCGGUGCGGCACGAAGAGGGAAUGCCCGGAUCCUUGAAAGAGAUGCUGAGCGAGGCAGUGUCACUGCUGACGUCUCUGCCGCGAGAAAUGGAGGAGCGCGGAAAUUAUCUCGAGAGUAACAUGCAGAUGAGAUUGGACUAUGCUGCGCUUACCGACAAGCUUCACAAUUGGGCUCGCGAAGCUGAGAUCCGGCUCGAGAGCAACAAGGAAGGUCUCGACUUCGAAAACAUUCUCGGCGAUCUGGAAGAGCACAAGAUAUACUUCAGCACUGAAUCCUCGAUUCGCGAGCUGGUCUCUCAGCAGAUUCAGCAAGCGGCCGACAAGAUCUGGCCAUCUCUGGACAGCUACGAGCAAGAGGAAUUGAGCGCCCAGCAACAGCAGCACACUCAGUUGCUGAAGAAUACCCUGAAUACCGCCAAAUCGCAACGUUCACGUUUGGAACAGGGUGCAGAGAUGUGGAAAGAAUAUACGCAGAGCUUGGAGCGUGUUCGUGCUGUCAUUAGCAGAACCCGAUUCACGGAUGAACCAGUCACCACGCUAGCUGGCUUGCAGUUCAAUAUUCAGAAAAUUACACAUGCUCUCAAUGACAUUCAGAAUCAACAAUUCGAGUUAGAUCUCCUAAACGAACGUGGACAAGAGGUUCUCCGACUUGCAGACGUUAACAACAAGAAAGCGAUAGAGUCUCAGCUCUCCGAGAUCAGUUCAGAGUGGCGCGAGCUGGUUUCGGGCCUCGAAGGACGCAGGGACGCUCUUGAGGCGCUAUCACGACACUGGGAAGACUUGGAAGCGCAAUGGGCCCUCAUUGAAACGCGAUUGACCGCGAUCGAGGAAAAGAACAAGCUCAUUGAUACAGUGGUGCGAUCGAAGCAACAUUUGCAGGACACCGUUAAAGCAUUAGAGGAACUCGUGACGGAGGCUGAAAAACUCAAGCCUGCAACGGAGGAAGUGAAGAGCUUGGCAGGACCUGUGCUCGCCUAUCUCGCAGCGUUUACAGAAGCACCUGCACGAAGCCUCGAGGAACGUCUCGAAAAAUUGCAGAAGUCCGCCGAACUACUCGUCGGCUCGCUUCGUGGCAAGUCCGAGAAGGCGAGCGAAGACUUGGAGGCGCUCGAGAACAUUGAACGUGAGAUCGAGCGUCUGCGAAAGCGGCUGAACGAGGCGCGCGAAAGCGCCUCGAACUUGUACGUUUACGGCGUUGAUCAGGACGCGACCGAGGCCGAACUGGGCGAAUUGCGCUCGCAGGUCGAGGAUCUCGUCGACACCGCGAAGACAUUCUCGGGGAGCAUUAAGGCGCGGUACCAAGCUAGCCAGCAGCUGGUGCCGAGUGACAUUACCCAGCACUUGACCGCACUCGAGCUCUGUGCCGAGGCAACGGCACAGGCUAUGGAGGAGAAACAGAGGGAACAGAAACGUGCCAGGACCACCAGAUCGGACUACUUGGCCGAUGUGGACGAGGUGCAGGCGUGGAUUCGCCAGGCCGAGCUGAAGGUGCAGGACAGGUCGGCCGAGCCGGCCGUCCUCAAGGAGCACCUCAGACAGAUACAGAACGAGCUGGGCACGAUUAGCGACAAGCUCGAACGACUGACGAGGAACGGGCGAACCAUCGUCAAGAACACGAGGGACGACGCCGAGAAAGAGCUGAUCAAUAGCACGAUCAGCAACCUUGCCGAGCAGCUGGCGCAGGUCAAGAGCUGGCUGGAGGAGAAGAAACAAAUCGUGGGCGACACUAUGGACGCCUGGCAGAGGUUCCUUACACUUUACGAGGCCGUGAAGGCCUGGACAGAAGAGAAGAGACAGUUCCUAGUCGAGCCGCUGAAGCUCAGCACUCUCGUGCAAACUAAACAGAGACUGCACGAAUAUUCGACGGCAGUCAAGAGUUGCAAGCAGAUCAAUAAGAAUCUUAGUGACAUGAGCAGAGAACUGGAGAAUAUCGGUCAAGUAACUAGCGUCGGCGAUCUACCGGAAAAACUAACCGAGGCGGAAGAGGGCAAGGUUCAAGUCGAGAGUCAGCUACUGGAAAGGAACGCAUUGCUGCAAGAAGCCAGCGAAGAGUGGGAGCAGUGCGAGAGGAAGAUGAGGGACGUUCGUAGUUGGAUGGAGAAGGCCAAGCAGACGCUGGAGUCGCCGCAGAAUAAGAAGAAACCGCUACGCGACCAGCACGCGAUCCGCGAGAAAAUGCUCAGCGACAUCGCGAUCCAGAAAACGAAGAUCACGAUCUCGGUGGAGAAGCUCGAGGUACACUUCAGGUCCGGGAUCGGCGGCGACAACCGGGUCAAAGACACCGCCGACGAUUUGACCGCCGAGCUCAACAGCCUCCACAGCACCGUUAAAGAACAGACGACUAAUCUGGAAGUCUGUUUAGCGCAGAUAGAUCAGUACCAACAGGAAAUUCAGCAGUUAAGGCAACGUAUCGUGCAGGUGGAACAACAGCUGAGGACAGUACUCAGCCCGACGUACAUGCCGAAUGACCGAGAGAAGGCUCUCCAAGAGCAACAGGAUACUGUCGAAGAAAGCCUCGCUUCUCUGUACGUGAAACUUUCGACUCUCGAAGGAACAAUGAGUCAUUUGCCUCGGGAUAGUAUAGAUUCUAUGCUGUCGACUCUCAUGACUAUAUUGACGGAGCUUCGCAGCUACGACGAGGAGAUUACGCAACUUCAAGCACGAUUACGCGAAAUUCCUGCCGACAUUGAGUCUCAAAGAUUUUCGACAGCAUUGACAGGGAUUCGCACACGCGUUACAGCUCUUCUCGAUCAGGCAGAACAAGGGAGGGUUGCUCUCGAACAGGCGCGAGAAGGCCGAGAGAAACGUGGUCAAGAGAUUCAGAAUUACAAAUUAUUCCUCGACGAGACGGACGCUUGGUUACGAAACGUUAUGUCGAAAAUGCACGAGCAACAUUCGCUUAACACCAACAAGGCUUUACAGAAAGAAUUAACGAGUCGCGUGCAACAAGUCUCAGAACUCGAAUCGUUGCCAGAAGUGAGUGCGCUGGCGACAGCGCUGAAGGAAGCCCUCUUGGACGUAAUUAGUCGUCUCCAGCAAAAGCAGCAGGAGAUCUGUGAUGAGGAAGCUCAAGCUGACGACGAAUCGACAGAAGACAAUGCGACUCUGGACGAAGCACCCUCUAUCCAUUCUUCCCUAGGAGGCGGACCGCCAUCGUUGGCGGACGUCUCCUUACAGACAGGCCAAAGUUUACUGAUCGACGACGUCGUCGAGAAAAAGACGCAACUCACGAAACAGACGUCCACGACGCAGAUGCCGUCGUCCACCACAUGUCACUCCCUUACAACGCAAACGACGCAGGCUUUGCUGCCAAGUGAAAGUGUCCAGACGCAAGAGGCGAUAAAAGUCCUGAAGACCACGAAAGGCGAUCACGAUGUGAUAGAGAUAGCGACCAAGUAUGUACCUUCCAGUUCCGGUCAGGAACUAGCGCGUCUGGAGCAAUGCAGCGCUCUGCCCAGCGAGAACAUCGUCGUCGAUAUGAAGUAUCAGGACGCCCAGAAAGCCGACAGUGCGACCAGCGAAUUAAACAUCGUCCACAUCGCGCCGCAAUCCUUCGAAACGGUCCUGGUCGAGCCGGACGAUGUCACUACCGAGGUGGUCGUUGAUGCCGAUGGUACCAAGAGGAUUAUAGUAAGAAAAUUGCGACGUACUACGGUCACCAGCAGGCAAACCACGCAGCAACGCGUAUCCACGCUGUCGACUGCACUCGACGGUGCCCCGCCGACGGUGCAGGCCUUCUCGGAGGCUGCGAUGAGAGAUCAGCAGGUCACCGUAACCAGGACGAGACCGGACGGUACAAUCGAGACGACGACCAGGCAGAUUUAUGGCGGCAGGGUCACCACGGGUGCACCCGCUGAAGGCAUCAAAGUGGAGGAGUACGAAUCCGAACCUCGUUACACGCGCAUAGUGACUCAGGGUCAGAUAGGGGACAUCGGCAGCCAACCGGUCGAAGAAGAGGAGGUACUGAUGGAGGGUGGUGAAUACCAAACGAAGACGUCGAGCGUUCACGCCGUGGUGCAGCAAGUCACCAGAAGAGUCAUCAAGAGGACGCGUAAAAUCAUUCGAAAGGUUACCGUCGUAGAUGGGAAGGAAACUACCACUGAGGAGGUGAUCGAAGAACCUGAAGAGAUAGAGAUAGAUGAGGAGGACAUACCGCACAUCAGUAUCAACGUAGUUAAGAGCGAGGAUCAGAAGAUCAUAGCUCCGGAAGCGAUCGAGACGGAACGAGAGGAACUGACGAAGCCGGAAAUGCCAGUGGAUAAUCCCGGUAGCCCUAUGCAAGGUCCAUUCUUCGGACCGUUUGCUAAGGACACAAUGAAGGAAGCACCGACAGCGAAAAAAGACGGCGCGAGGAUUAAAACAUUGGACGUUCAGACUGAGGACAGCACCAUUUUAAGAGAACCCACGACAGAAUUAGCAGACUCCAGAACAGAGAGAGCGGAUUCAAAAUUGAUUUCAGCGGAUUCUGAACAAACGCGAGAAGUGCUCUCUUCUUCGGAACACGAUCGCUUGGUACCGCAAGCGGAAAAUCUAACCGACAUUCGAGUUGACGAAGACCUUCCUACUGUACAAAAUAAUGAGAACGCAAUUCCAAAAGAAACAGAACAGCGAGCGAUGGAGGAAGACAAGCAUGAGCAUUUCCUCACCGAGGUAAAUGGCACAGGUACAUUGAUGGCCGAUAGUCGAGCAUUACUGGAUGCUGAACGAUAUGCUGUUUUACAGACUCCUGUCGAAGAUGUCUAUGUAACAGCGACGCAAGCAGAAUCUGUGAAAACCUCAUUAGAAUCGGCCGUAACAGAUGAUGAACCGGUGGUCACCAAGGCUACUUGUAAGUCUGACGAUGCACCAGUAAAGAGCGAAAUACUCACUGUCGACCUAGAAAACGGCACAGUAGACGUAGAAAAGCAGCAUGAUGGUAGCAGCACCGUAGAUACUGCUAAAGAUAUCGAUGUAUCGAAUAUUGUUGUAUUAAAGGAAGAGGAUCAGCAGGAGACUAAGCCGGAAGUGUUAGAGAAACGCGCGUUGAUUAAACCAGCCAAAAGCGAAGAGGAAGCUGCAACCUCAGAAUUACUUGAAAAAUUACAAAGAGAAUCCAUCAUUCCGCUAAGUGAAUCAAAUAUUAUCAAAUCUUCCGAAGAUAAAGCGGACUCGACGUACGUGGAAAUAUCUCCUAAACAACAAGAAACAUUGCCAGAUCUGUUCACGAAAGAGGAAGAUAAUACCAAGGCUGAAGCCUUCAAACCGGAAUACAAACCACUUUUUCAUAAGGUAGAGAUAUCUCUGUCUGUUCGCGAGGAAAAUACUGAGACAGAACCAUUAGUGUCAAUAAAAACACAGGCUGAACGACCUCGUAUUGCUCCGUACAGCAUUGUUAAGGAAGACGUAAACAUCAGUCUUCCAGUGGACAAGGAAACGAUCGAAGUGAUACACGACAAGUUCGUGCAAACCAGUGCUUUCGGUACAGUGGACAAAGAAACGGAAACCUCACGGCAGCGAGCAGCAGAGGAGAAAGAAGAGGAUCUUCACAUCGAAUCGUCAGAGAGGAGCAAGACGGAUACGUUAAGUCAUAAAAGUAGAAAGAAGAAACGCCGUAAACGUAAGCCGGAGUCCUUGGACAAGUCUGAAGAAUUAGAAUCCAGUACAUCUAUUGUUACGUCGAUAGCCGAAUCGAUAGCCAUCAAUAUGUCCGACUCGUCUGACCAUGGUAGCGAGCAGCCGCAACCGGACGUUGCAAAGGUCGUAGAUUCUGAAUCUGACGUUGAAUCAUCUUGCAGUGAGAUGCCGGAUGUAACAAAAGACGAAGCGGUGAAGGUGAAGGAAAUCGACGCGGCGGGAAAAGCCGAAGAAGAAGCGAUCCGGGAGGAAGAAAGUAUUGAAAAAUAUAAAAGUACAUUGGACGAUGCGAAUACGCAGACAGUCGUAGAAACGUGCAAUGUGUCCACUACAUUUAGUCCGACGAAGGAGGGAAGUCUUUUUACGCAGACUCCUCCUGAACCAGCAGUGCCUACUCUAGACGAAACGAUUCAAACCGAGGAGGCUGCAACGCUCACGGAAGAGUCCGCUAUGCAAACCAGUCCAGUAGAGGAUGUUCUUCCCGUUAUCACCGCGACGGAAACGGAAAAUUCUCAAGUGCAGACGGUCGACGUUCACGUUCUUUCCACGGAGACGCAGACUUCGCCCGUUGAAACAGCCCGGAUGACGGCAACUGAGACUCAAACAACGACCAACACCGCGACGGAAGUCGAGCAACAAACUACCCCACCUCCGGUGACAGAAACAGUUAUUGUGCAGGAAGCUGCGAUGCAAACGUCAUCUCCCGAGCCGCAAUGUCUGGAGAAAGAUACGCAUGCUCAGACGAUCAUAGCCAGCGAGACGACGGAAACUCAAACGGCGCCCGAGGAACAGAAGGCGAAUUUGCAAGAAACGGGAAUGCAGACGAAAUCACCUGAACCGAUCACCGAGACCGCGAUGCAGACAACUCCAAUCACUGAUCCACCUGUCACGCAGUUUUCCGAAGAAUCUCAAACCAGUCUUGAAGAAACGAAACAGACUACCGAAACAGAAUCGCAGACCGCUUCCCUGAAGAACAUUCAAACUCUCGAAAGUUCGGUGCAAUUGGAGAGAGAAGAAUUGAUACCGCAAAUCGAAGAGAGUGUGCAAAAUACUCCUGAAGUGAGCGAAAUUAGCGCGCAAACAUCGCCGAAAGAAGAAAAACAGUCGACCGAGACGACGUCGGUGUAUCAGCAAACCACGCAAAUACCGAUCUGUGACGUUACAGUAUCAACGAAAGAUCUCGAGGCAGCGACGACUAUGGACAAUGCUGCGAAUAAAACGUUUUCUCCAACGUUAUUCGCAGCAUUUUCUAAAGAAUCAAUCGAGUUAGAAGGGACGCAGCCGACAGAGAAAGAAGCUUCUGCAGAAACUGUAAAACCUCUAACAGCAACUGUCAAUCAAGUAGUACCAGAAAAUGGGGGACUCCUAAAGAAGACGAGAAAAAUGAAAAUUACAGACGAUAAUACAUCAGAAAUCUCGAUAGUUCCCAAAAAACUAAUGAGAAUGGAAACAGAAGAAGAGACGAAACAUCAAUUUCCUGAAAAAGCUGCAGCAGAAGGAAGUUCACUUUGCGGUAACACGGAGAACAGCUACAUGGAACCUAGUUUAUCGAACUCUUCUUUCAAUUCAUCAUGCAAAAUGGAUAAUCAAUCGUACACAAAAUCGCCUGCCAACCUUGGUGACAGUACUGCGUAUGAAAUAUUCGAUGAAUUUGCGCAUGAUUCGUCAUAUAUCGAGGAGUUCGAUAUGGAUUUAAAUCUAUUGAAACCAAAAACCAACCAACCUAAAAACGUUCCAUCACCAGAAGAACCUGAAUCAAAAAUCGACAUUGAACAUAGUUCAAAAGACUUUGAUGCAUUUGCAACCAAUCAAACAAGUAUGAUGGAGUCACGUUAUGAAUUGAUGGAGCGCGUGGAACGAGAGAACGAGUUACUUCAUUGUACAUCUUCGACACCAUUGCCCACAUCAGACGACUGUUUGCUUUCAGAAGAAAUUUUUUUCAAUACAGAGGACUUCAAUCUAUUCAGCAAUGAAUCGAGUGAUCACAUGGCCACCAUCCUGCAGAUAGCACAUCUGAAAGGAGCCGCGGAAGACGUAAAAGAAAAGAAGGAAAACCAGGAAUUGGAUAUUUCUGAAAAAAUAGGACAAUUAUCAGACGUUGUUAAGGAAAAUGAUGUUGUAAAGAUCGAAAAAGCCCUCAUUGCCAUCGUCAACAUAAUCUCAAUAUGGUUGAAGUACAUCGAGUACCAAGUGUUGCUGAAGAAGGAGUGUGUAACAGGAUCUUUUCAAAAUAGCGAUACGGAAUUCAAUAAAUUGAAAGAGGAAGUAACGAAGAUAGAACGCUAUACACAGAACCUUGAUGACAUUUGCAAGAAAAUGGAGCUAAACUAUUCAAAAGAUAAAUACGAGAAGCUGCAAGUACACAUAGGCGCUCUUAAAAAUCAAAUAAAAACAGUUAAGAAUGUUACUACCGAUGGGGCAAAGCACAAUAGCGAGCAUCUUACAAUAUGGAACAAUUUCCAAAAUAAUGUGAACGCCAUAUGUAGGUCAAUCAAGGCUCAACGUGAGAAAUUGAAUGACAUAACUAGAAACGAACACGAAACAGAACGGAAGUUAACAACACUUGAGAAAUUGGAAAAUAUAAAUCGCAAGAAUAUGUUGAAGACAGUUAAACUUUUCAACACUGCUCGCGAAUUACAGUAUAUUUAUCCCAACGCGAUUAUACCCAAGGAUAUGUACGAUGCGCACGAGAUGACGAAGGAGAUCGAGCACGAUAUAUGCAUCGAACGAGAACAUGUUUUUCAAUUGUUCGCCUUGGCUAAAGAAUACGAGCAGACUCUUCAGGAAUUUGAGCAAAUCAUCAAAAUCGCUCAGAGUUUACUAGAUAAUCCAAUAUCUGUAACUAGACUGAAGCACCUUCAAGAAGAGAUGCAGAAACAUCGAAAGUUUUUCCUCAACCUGAAUCAUUGUAGCACGAUUCUCGAAUCACUUGAAGGCAACCUAGAUAUUGAAACCAGAGAUAAGCAUUCCUAUCUGCACAAUAAACUCCAUGGUGAAGCGACAAAAUUAAUCGAUCGGGCGGUUUUAAGAGCCCAAGAAAUGGCUCUAGUAGCGUCACGAUGGAUGCUCCUCGAGCAAGAUUUGAAGGAAGAGGAAAAAUGGCUUCUGCUUCAGCAAACACUUGUGCCUAAUAAGUUGACGGAGUUGAAGCAAUGCGAUUCACACAUCAGCACAUAUCAGUCUCUAACAUCGGACAUAGCAAAUCAUCAUGCGCGAUUGAUUAAAUUGCACAAGAUGUCAUGUGAUCUUCAUGAUCUCAUCAAAAUCGAGGUUUCUGAGAAUCAAUUUGACAAGCCCUUAGACGUGAUCGUGAAACUGCAACAUGAUACUAAUUCUUCGUUGAGGAAACUAUUGGCCUUCAAAGAAAUUUGGAACAAAUACGAGUCGUUAAUAGAUUGCUCGGAGAAAUCGUUAAAAAUAGCUGAGCAAGAACUUGUUAAGAUAUAUACGACAGAAGGAAAGUCAGAAUCAGAAGGAAAACCUGACGUACGUCAUUUCUGGGAAGUGAAAGUGCAUUAUGAAGUUUACAAGAACGUACAUAAUGAAGCGAUAUCCUGCUUUGAACAGUCUCAAGAAAUAAUUCCCCUAUCGAACAUGGAGCCAAAGCAAAACCAUCACGAGGCACUGAAGAAGCGUUGGGAAGAGGUCUACAAGCAGAUCCGCGAGAUCCAUUACAAAGUCCUUAAAAGCAUUGACAAAGAGGGGAUCUCGAUGGAGAAGAAAAUAGAAUUACUCGAGGAAGAACUCGACAAAAUACGAACGGAGAUCGAAAACGAAAACUUGUACGAAGUAAGGACAAUGGAGGAACUUGAUCUGUACAUCCAGAAGACCAUCGUGCUGUUCGAAAGAAUCAUCGUGGCCCAGGAUGAUAUAAGCCGAUUAGGUCUUAUAUCAUCCAUCGCGGAUAGCGAAAGAAUCGGAAGUAUGUUAUCAUCGGCGAGACACUUGGAGUAUACGAUAGACGGGCAAUUACAGGCGGCGAGACUGUUUAAAAGCAAGCUUCAAAGUCUGCAACAAGGGUUGGAUCGUUUCAAGAAAAUUAAUGAGGAAUUGACGACGAUACUAGACCAGUGCGAGAAGAGCCAGAACGAAGAAAGUGCAGAGGUGGCCGCGGCUGCGAACCGUUGUCAAUCAGUCAUGUCCAAAUUGCAUGUUCUUUGGCAGGAUUUAGAAACACUAAGCGUACAGAGCUCUCACUUGCUGAUCAGCGAAAACGCAACGUGCCCGAUAACGGAGAGCUUAGAAACAGAGCUACGCAGUAUAGUGGGCAUACAGCUCAGCUUCAAAACGCGGUCCAAACAUUUGCUGUCAUUGCUGAAGGAGAGAUUGAGGUUGUGGGGGCGAUUCGAGGAAAAAUUGCAACUGGUCCAGAAAUCUGUGGAAAAGGCGGAUUACAUGAGGGAAGUAUACACCGCCCAAGGCCCGAUGAACUACGAGAGGCUGCUGAAAGCUACCGAACGACUCAAGAGCCUGAGCGGUGAUUUGGACGGCAAAGAAAAUCUCAUUAACCAAUUACGAGACUCUGCGAGGCCUCUGCAGGAGAGCUGCACCAAAGACGUCUGCAACAAAAUCGACGUAGCGGUAAUUAAGGCCGUAGAUUCUUGGGAAAAGGCGAAGACUGAAUUGGGCUCCCUUUGCAUCCGGUAUCAAAACGCGUGCAAACUCUGGGCACAAUAUAAGGACUCCAGUGCUGUCGUCACGAACUGGCUGAACACUCAGAUGAACAAAGUAGAGAACUUGCCAUCGGAAGAAGCGAAAAAACAGAUCAAGGAUUGCCAGAAGAAGCUGGCUGAACACAAGGAGACAUUGACGGAAUUACGCACUCUGGUAGCACAAAUCGCAUCGGAUGUGGGUUUCGAUACCCAGACUGGACCGUUGCACAGUGACAUCAAAAUACUCGAUAAACGACUUGAAGAUGUUCAGGAUACCUUGUCAAACCUCAGAGAAACGGUCGAAAACCGUCUCCAUAACCAGGAAGAAACCCGCAAAGAUCUAUGCAAGUCGAAAGAAAUAGUAGAAACAACCCAGCAGAAACUGACGACAGUGAGUGAGGAUGACUGUAACAACGAACAGCUGACAGUAUUGCGGGAUCAUCUGCUCAACCUAACUCGAACUGAAUCUAAUCUUCAGAUUAUAAAAGAUCAAACCAUAAACGAGUCCGCAAUUGAGCAGAAAGCAUCAGUCGUCGAAGUGAUCCAGCUAUGGCAGUGCGUGUUCCAGGACACCUUCCAGCAAUACCAUCAAAUAUUGACGCGACUGAUCCACACGCAAGACGUGGUCGCCGCGCUCAAUCUCUGGAAGGAGUACCUAAAGCACGUGAGGGACUUUCUGUUGAGAGGUAUACCAAGUGACUACAAAAACUUGUCGGAGCAACGAAAUCUCUGCGAGGUUUAUCAGAAACUCUUGCCCGAGCAACAAAAACUCAUAUUAGCGAUGCGGGAGAAUGAAGACUGGGACCAAUCAGUCACAGAGCAGUUCAACAGCCUGACGAAUCUGCAUAAUGAGAUGCUAAUGAAGAUAUUGGAGCGGCAAAUGAUGGUGCGCAGCAGGAUGACAGCUUGGGAUAAAUACAGGACAGAUCAGAGGAAUCUGCUGAAGUGGAUACAGGAAAUCGGAAGAGAAAAAAAUCGCCUGCCGUUGCGAUUCAUCCACCUGAAGCAGCUAGACAUGAUCCAGCAAAAGAUUCAGACUUUGCUAGAUAAAUUUCCAAGCGGCGAGGCUCAGAAAAACUUGCUUAAGGACCAGCAGAAGUUCUUGUUGACCAGUUGCGACGAAGCAGUGGCCAUCACGAUACGCAAUGAGUAUGGACUGAUCGACAAAAGUAUAUCCAAUGCGCACGCCUCUCUGAGUAACUGGAGAGAUUCUAUUCAAAAGACUCAAACGUUGUAUAAUGAACAUCGUGAGAAAACAAAAAUGAUUACCGAGACCUUCAAGGAAAUUGACGAGGGGCUGAGGGCGGGCUUCUAUGCAAAACCAAGUCUAACCAAAACGAAAAAACAGUUGGAUUCGCUCGAGCAGUGGAGAAACCGUCUGGCUGACAUGCAAGGCGAGCUGGAUGUUCUCAAUAAGAUUCUGGAAGAUGAACUGCAUCUGAGUCCGAGCGACACGAAAAACUUGAAUGAACAAAAAAUAUUUCUGUCACAGCGACAUAGCGAUCUUAAACACCAACUGGCUCGAUUAACGUGCCAGUACAAAGAACACUUCAAUCUCUAUAAACGAUGGCAGAGCAAGUUAAAAGAUCUAUCAUCAUGGAUAACAGAUAUGACAAAUAAAAUGAAAGAGGAGAGAGCUCUGGUUAUGCAGAGAAAGAAAACGGUAAAACAAAUGUACGAACUGGAAUACGAACUCGAGAUGAAUAUAAAUCUGAAGCAGCGCGAAUUCAACUGGCUGCAGAGCACUGGAAACAAUUUGAUAAAGAUCGCCAACGAGAAAGAGACAAUUCGGCUCCAGAAAUCCUUAGAUGAGAUUAACAAGCAAUGGAAUUACCUAACAACCGGCGGAGAAGAGCGCGAUGACAAAUUGGACGAACUGACAGAAACUAUGAAGACGUUGUUGAAGAAAAUAAACGAUACACUAGCUUCUUUGGUCGAUGUCGAAACUAAAUUGAUGGCAAAUGUCGUCCUCGAGAAUAUCACGCAAGUUAGUCUUGAUAAAUUAGAAGAAGAUAACAAAACAUUCCUAAUUACAAUCGACGAAAAAAUCGUUACGAUCAAAGAAGUGGUGAAGCAGUGCGAAAACUUUUUACAAGACUGUUACAUGUGGAAAGCCUCCAUCGAUACGGAUGCGAUAGAGAGCGGUAUGAAUAAUUUGCAGGGACGAAUGGAAAUGAUGGAGAACAAAUCUCAAGAGUGCAAGAAUUACAUCAGGACAGUUUCGAGGAUACUGAGGGAGAUAAGUAGGCUGACAUGCGAGCACGAGCUAUGGCUAACCAAAACAGACAACUCUCUCGAAAUGGAAAUAACCCUGAUCAAAAAGAAAAACUCGGAAAAGGCAUAUAAAAGUAUUAAAUCGAUUGCCAAAGACGUUGAUGCGUACGAGAAAACUUUUGAUCACUUCAUACGGAUGUUCAAGAAAGUGACCUGGACUAAAUUGGAUCCCGAGAGGUUCAAGUUAUUGAUGAGCGAACCACGAAAGACAAUUGACAGAUGGCUGACCCUCAAAGAAAAGGUUGCUUUGCUCAAGAAGAGUCUCCAACAGGAACAUGAGAGCUAUCAGGAAUUUGUGUCCAUACAUAGUAGCGUGAUAGUAAGUCUGGCACAGGUGGACGUCCGUGUGGCGAACUUACAGAAUCCCAACAUGAAGAAAUCCGUAGAAAAAAAAUGUGAGGAGCUGAGCCAAAUCGAGAAGGAACUUCAUUUUCAGAUGGUCGCGAUACAGACGGCGGACAAGCUCGCGAGGCGAAUCGUAGAGAAAGGCAUGUCUGACGACGCACACAAGAUUCAGAUAUUGGUGAACGAAUACAGACAACUAUGGGAGAACAUCACGACACGGAUAAAGGAAUUGAAAAAAGAACUAGGAAUACAGGAGGAAGAUGUACUAGUAAACGAGGUCGAAAAGGCGGUACAAGUGGAAACUCUCAAGUUUGAGCAAGACAUUGCGGUUCAGGUGGACACUCUGACAUCCGAGAGACUCGAUAUUCAAGACUCGCGGGAUAAGGAUUUGAUUAUAUUUGAUACUGUCAUGGACGAAUGCUAUAGCUACCUGAAGAACCUGGAUGAUGCGGUAACAGCCAAAUUAAUCAUCGAUUCUACGCUUCCUCAAGCUAUUGACAAUCUCGGUACAUUGAUCGCACUUUGCGAGAGUUCAAUAGACAAGUUACGUCAUUUUUGUGAUAAUCUGGUGGAAAAUGGCAAAUUGGAUAUGGAAGAUGAGGAAGAUGAAACGAAGAGUAUACAGGUAACGCAAUUAGAAGAACGAUGCUACCCACUCCUUGAACUAGCAAAAGGACGUAAACAAAAAAUGCAAGAAGUCAGCAAUGGUCCCGAAAUGAUCUGUCCACUAUGUUCUCAUCAGAAUUGGGCUCAGUUAAACAGCGAUCUUUGGCGUUUGAACAAAUGGUUAGACUACGCCCAGGCCAUACAGCACCAACAGAUAUCGCUUCCCAACGACAUAGAGGAACUCGUAAAUGUAAUUAAGAAGCAUAAAGCAUUCAUGGCGAAGCACGAAAGCCACAAGAGCCUCGCAGAGAAGAUGAAAAAAAUCAGCCCUCACUUUGCUCAUCACUUGAACCUAAACGAGCUAAUCGAUAACAUAAAUCGCAUAAAGGAGAUGCAAGGAUUUCUGACUCCAACGACCCACAGAUGGAACGAGGUCUGUGCACUUGCCGACAUAUGGAAAGAAAAGUUGAAGUGUACUCUAAGCACAAAUCAACAGUUUUACCAUAGUAUAGACGAGAUCACGGAUUGGCUCGACAACACCGAAGCCAGCUUUCGAAUAAGCGAAUCGUUCGCUGUGACUGCAUCUACCAACACCCUGGAAGUGGAAUACAAUAAAUUAAAGAAUCUCCAACGAGAGCUAGACCAUCAAGAGUCGCGCGUGACGUCGUUCCUAGAGUGUAUGAUAUGCUUGGAGCAAGAGGUAGAAAUAACAGUGCGGCUGCGCACGUUACAAGACAGAAUGCGGACGCUGCAACGAGUCAUCGGUAUUCAAGUGCUGAAAUUGGGAACCCUCCUCGGACACAAUCCUAUUGGUUCCGUCAACGCCUCGACUCUCCUGUCUCUCUCGCAUGAUCUGCUCGGCGAAUCUGGCUCUGAUCAGUCCUCCUCCAGUCUGUCUAGCGCACAGUCAAGCAAUGGCACGAAUUCGAUUCAAUCUGGUGACGAAGAUCAAACGAUAUUCGGUCGUGGAUUUCGCUACGUCACGAGAGCCUGGAAAUUUAGUCUUCCGAUACAGGUGGUGGUGUUCCUGGCGAUUGUCGUCACGACGAUGAUGCCGGUCUCGGAAGAAGACUACAACUGCAUGUUCACUAACAAUCUCGCUAGUAACUUCGCGCCGAAUACCUUCUUCCCGAACGGCCCUCCACCAGUGUAACAGCACAGCGGAGCAUGCGCUUGUGUUUUACCGUGCUGCGGUGGAUUGUCAUCCAUGCGAAAUAUUGACCGGGCUGGAGCUGUAAAUCAGAUACCUUGGGUCUGCACUUUUGAAAGAAGAUCGAUGAGGAAUACCGUCGAAUCAUCAGCUCACCUUGCUAAUGUUUCCGUGGCCGAUUGUAGUAUAGUCGCAAUUGAGGCGCGAACCGUCACAGAGGAAUCUUUAUACUUAAAUAGUAGUUUUACACAUGACGAAUUUGUAAAUUAUGUAAUGGACCAAGCGGUGUGACUGAGAGAGAGUGAACAUGUAGUCGGCGGGAAUGCAAGCUUCAAUUUAUUUGUACACGUGGAAAAUCGUAUUCCCAUUUGUACGUGAGAAAAGAAUCGAUUGAAUUUACAAGGCGGAUGAGCCUUGCGGCCCAUAUCGAUUAAACAAAUAUCAUAUUCAUUGAACAAAUCGCAUAAUUAUCCCACGUUAUGCAUUUCUAUCAGUCAGAUUAUUGUAAUAAUAGCCAAUGCUAUUAUUAUUAUAUAUAUAAUCUACCAGUGGUAUAAUAAUUAGGAAUUAUAAUGCCAAUAAUUAUGUAAUUUGUUCAAGAAUGUAAUGUUUGCUUUAAAAAGUAAUUCCAAACUCAUUUAAGCUUUGUUAAUCAUAACUGUGUCUCUUCUCAGUGUACUUUGCUGGUCAGCUGGUGCAAUACUAUACUCUUGCCGCGCGUACAUACACGGGCGACUGUUUCUCACGUUGCGUAAUAAACUUGUUGCAAUCUCGACCAAAUAUUCGUUGUAAAAGCUAAAUCGGCUGACGAUCGUUCGAAUGUGAACCGGAUUAUGUACUUUAUAGUCAAACGACACGUAAACUACGAUUAGGACGUGACACGACACCAUGUUACAUCGCGCUUUGCGUGAUAAUCGCUUCUUCUCUUGUACAAAGGAUUCAUUUUCACCUCCGUGCGUGAAGUCUGAUGUUGCGCGGGCUGUGUAACGACAGGCAGAAGGAGAAGACUAACGAACGCGCCUUCGAAAUAUCUAAUAGUAUGUACAUGUAUAUGCGUUAAAUCCCGUGUUAACGCGUUCCUACGAAUGCAGACACUCGUGAUAGAGGAUCGAUAUAAGAAAGAACUUGCCUAACUUUAUUUUUUAUACAUUAUGUUUAUAACGAAACGUCGCGUGCAUCGAAUUAAUUUCGGGGAGCGGAACGUCCGGCUCUCUUCCCGUCUCUUUCUGUCCCACUUUCUCCAUUUGAUUAAUGUAAUAUUGAUACUUAAUGGUGCUAAUUCAGCGCGCAAUGUCUUGUACGAAAAAAAAUUUUAAAGAAGCAUCGAUCUGUUGCAUAAAUGUAUGAAUAAAACGAAAAUGUUAC